GGUGGUUCCAGUGUGUGCGGCGGCUGCACAGGGGGUGUCGUGAUUGUGUGAGUGAGGGGCAUGGGGUAGCGAUGGGCGCCAGCCACAGCGCGGAGGAUGCGAACGCCUACGCCAGCGACCCGCCCGCCAGCGAACGACGGAAGGCCAAUCAGAAGAGACGGAGGCACUCGGUGGACUCGGUCGCGUCGUAUUCUAGCCAGAAUCACGUAGACCGGAUAAGGACACAGAACUUCUCAGCGGCUUCUUGUCACGACGACGACUGUGACUUCAGCUCCAUAAAGACAAGUCUCUUCAGGAGAUCGUCUUCCAACUUGGACUUCUCCCCGAAGCGGCCGGAGAGCGUCACGUCCAACACCAGCUCCACAAGAAGUCGCCUUCGAGAACUGGUCGAGAGGAAGUCUAGCCAGGACGACUACAGGUCGGUGGCCAGCGCCGUCGGCGACAUCCAGUACUUCGAGAACCCCACGGAGACCUUGGAGUUCGACCGCCCGCGGAACGCACACGAGGCCAAGAAGAACACGGAUGAGCGUCCGAAGAAGCGGAAACUGACUAAGAGCAAGGAGAAAGAAAAAGAGAAAGAGAAGGAGCUGUGCGAGAGCAAGAAGAAACACGAGAAGUACCAGAGCAAGCUAGCCGAGUACUACAAGGUACCAGUACAACUGCCGCAAGACGAGUUCUACCAACACUUGACGCGGUCGAAGGCGGCGGAGGAGUUACUGCAGAAGAGAUUCUCGAACUCGGACACAGAGUUCAACGGUAGCUACGGGAGACUGUGCAAACACAAGGAGCCCGAAGGGUCGAACUUGCGCCGCAGCCGGAGUUUGGCCGUCAUACGCGAGGAGACGUUCACAGAUCUGCAGAUUCAGAAUCACGCCAAAAACAAGCGGUCCCAGCUCAUUCCUCGAGCACGAUUGUUCGACAAACCCUGCUUCAAAGACAGAUUACCUGGUCGAGCGAAGUACCAAACAAAGGAGGAAGUUCUCGAGAACAUUUACAUAGAUAGUACUGCCUCCUGUUUUGGUGACAUCAACGCCCAGAGGGAAAGUGACAACCGCGCGGAAAACGCCGAAGCCAAAUCUGAUAAAGAAGACGCAGUUUCCAGAGUUGAGAGCAACCACUCCAGAUCCAUCAGUGGCAGCUGGCCAAACUUAACCGAGGACAUAAAGCACACUAACUUGUCGGAGGAUAGCAUCGGCCACUCAAGAAACCCUAGUGAGAUCGAUAGCUUAGACUCCAACUAUGUGCGAAAGCAUUACAACUUUGAAGCUCAUCUGAAAGGAAACUAUAAAUCCGGCACCCCUGAUUCGGAACGCUCGAUCGUAUCACCUAAUGACAGCAAGCAACUAUACAUAACCACUGACGACCUAGACACUGAGAGCGAAGUGCGGGAGAGAUCUAAAAAUAUAACUCCUAAAUCGUAUACCAACGAUAGUCUAUCUAUCACAAACAGUGAAAAAGAAAAACCACAAACUGAAGGAACUAAUGACAAAGAUUACUUUGAAGAAGUAUCACUCAAAAGCCCGGUACCAGAGCCUGAUAAAAAUCACAUUCCAACGGUUCUAGUAAAUGAACAUAAAAACGAAGGUGACUUACAAUCUGUUGUCUCUGAGAAUGAUGAGACUGUGUCCAGUCCUGAAAGCAUAACAUCCUAUAUUUCAAUAUCGAUAGCAUCAUCGACGGAUAAAUCUCACAAACUUGAACACUUGGCAAACUCUCUUGCUGAGAAGAUUGAUGAAUAUUGCGAGUCACAAUACUUAGAAAAUACUUCGAACGUAUCGCAAACUGUCACCACUCAAGAUAAAAAUCAAGAACCUGACCCUAUUUACACAAGAGUCAAUAAAAAGAGAACGUUUGCAGAUAUUAGAAGAGAUUCAUUUCAGUCAAACAAAUCUAAUACCAAUAUAUUCAACGAAGUCCAGAAGAAAUCAAGCAGCGAAGUGUACAUUAGCAAUACAUACAUAGAAAGUGACGAUUAUUCUACCCAAAGCGGUCAACGUCACUGUGCUUCUACAAAAAACAUUACCACAGAGCCUUUUGUGACUACAUUAAUUGAAAAUCAGUACUAUUCUUUGCCUGAUAUAAAUAUCAGCAAAUGCCUAAGGAAAUCUGAGAGAAUUGAUGCUCAGCUAAGAGAAGAAGAUCCUGAAGAUAUUUCCUGUGAGAACACAUAUGAGAUAGCACACUCAAAUUUUCGGGAAAUACUGACAAACAAGAGCAGUGGCAACUACGGACAACUGAACCAGUCUUACGUUAAUCACAAUAAUAACAACGUAACUAGCAUACAAACCUCGAGUAUUUAUCUUCCUGAGUAUUCAGAGCCUGAAAUACAGAAUUUCACAAAAUUAGAAGAUGAUUUAAAGUCUAUCAUAACAAUUGAAAGUUCAAAUGCCGACGAUAAAGACAUAAACUACUUCCGUGCAGACACACACCAAAACGAAAGAGAAAUCAAUGAAAUCGAAAAUACAAUAAGAAAUACUAAAGUCAUUACGAAGUCUGAAAGUCUAAAGAUAAAUAGUUGCAUUUAUAAACCACAAGUACAUUUAUCGAAAUCUCGUUCAAACGAUGAUAUAAAUCUAGCGUCACAAAAAGCACGCACUGGAGUGAAAAAACAUUAUUCACUUCGUCAACGUGAACCAGCAGAUAAUGAGUUAGAUCGCUUGCCAAGCCCAAGCACUGUUGUGAGAAGCAUAAGCAAACCUAUCGAUCAAUCAUUUAUUAAGAAUCAAAACGUUGACGAUAACAAAGCACACUCUUUGUUAACUCGAGUCCAAUCUUUCAAAACAUCGGCUGAAUCCAACAUUGCUAUACUGCCACUAAGUGGACACCAAACAAUUGUUAUUGAUCCGCCAUUGAACCAGAACACCGAAAGCAAGAAGAGAGUACAUAAGGAUAUUUCUAAGCAAGAGCCAGUGAAGCAACCAGUUACUCCUAAACCUUGUACAGAAAUAAAAUUCCACAGAAUCCAAAUUGAAGAGCCAAUUGAUAAGAACAAAAACAAACAUAAUUCUGUUGAUACUUCAAGCUAUUAUACACCUAAGGAUCCAUUCAUAACUAUUAAAUUAAAUAAAGUAGUCAAGACUAACUUACCAAAGCUAAAGAAGGCUGCUGGUGACAAGAUAGCUUCUGUCCAGUAUAAGUUCGAGAAGCCACCACCAAAGCUUAUAAUCAAAGAUAACGAUAACAAAAAGGCCGCAGAAGCAGCAUCACAAAAAAUUAAUAGCAAUAUGACAAGACCGCAAAUUUUACAAGUUGUUGACUCUAAAACCAGAAAACAAAGUAUGUCAUCAGAAAGUAAACCUGAGAACCAAACUAAAGAUAUUAUGUAUCCCGUUCAGUUAGAUAUUUCGCAGAAGAAAGAGGAAGAAGGAAAGGGUGAACAUGGUGUGAAAGAAAAGUUAAAUAAUGCUAUAAAAACAGACAUAGAAUAUCAGGAAAAACUGCACUCUGUGAAAAACUACUGGUCUAAACUAAUAGAUAAAUCACCUGAAAGUAAGGAAAAUUCCAAACCCGAAUUUACUCCAACAAAAACUAAAACGGAGGAAAUAAAGGAACGAGAGGUUAUUUAUGAGAAAAACCAUAAAGAUAAUGGAACUAAAGAAGAUGACAAACCUAAAGGCGGCGAAACAUGUGUUCCAGAAAUAUCCGUUGGUAAUAUAAUUAAAUCCAUAGAAAGCGUGAAAAUUGUUGAUAGUAUUCGAAAAAUCAGUCAAAGUAAAAUACAACUUUGGAAAGAUGAAACAGAGAAAGUUAAAAGUGACUCUGAAAUCGAGGAGACUACAGUUCAAAAAAUUGUGAAAGAUUGCGAAAGCAAUAUUUACGAUAACUCUCAAAUAGAGAAUGCACGUAAAAAGGAACAAGAAUCUUGGACAAGAGAUACUCCAGAGAUAGAGAUAGUAGAACUUAGCAACAAUGACAACCAAAAUCAGAAAACUCAAGCCACCCUCAUAAAAGCUAAGGGUUUCGACCAAGGAUGUGACGAAUUUGAUCACGUGAGAUACAAAGUUAUGAAAUCAGAACUAUUUAAAAAUAGUAUGAUCGCUAACUAUCGCAAAGAGGCUCAAUUCGAUGGACUUCUACAAUACUUACAAGAUUAUAGUUUCCAAGAAUUAUUAGUAAACAAUAACAUUGUGAUAAUAGAACCAGUACGAACAAAGGUGGAACCAAGCCCGAGGAAAAAUGCCGGCACAGACACAUGCAAAAUUGCACCGACCCUGCUGAAGAGAAACGAAAAUGCUGGUAAUUUGAACGAUAAGAAAAAUGCAGUUCGCAGGCAUUUCUUUUAUCACCCUAUACGUGUCAAUAAAGAAAUAAUAGAAGAAGAACUUCCAAAUCCAGACACCGUUAAAAAAGUAAGAAAUUUAUUUGAAGAUACCUUGAAGAUGAAGAGUCCGAUAACAAUGUCUCAAGAUCCACCAUUAAUUGAUGAGUUGGGAUUGACCAGAAGGGCUACAUCAUACAGAAACUUGAAUGAAGAUUCUAAAAACAAAGUAGGAGUGCGGAAGAAGGUGAUACGACAACUAACUAUAGACACGAGUUUCGGGAACAAGAAAUGGGAUAAUGCUAGUCUUUCAAGUGGAGUGUCCAGUGGAGACCUGAGCUCCAACAACGAAUAUGAAACCGAUGGGCUGAGUCCGUACUCCCACAAAAACUUGAAAGAGAAUGCAUACAGUUCCAGUGAUGAAUAUUUAUGUGAUUCUAUAAAUCAUGACUUUUGCUGUGAGAGUCAAUAUGUUAGCCCUGAUAUAAUGAAGAAGAUAAGAGACUGUGGUACUUCUGUAACGUACUAUGGAGGUAAAGUUUUGAAUUCCAAACAAGGCUCUACUGUCAGUCCGAUGACGAAAGCAAUCAUGGAGGAAAUAAAGGGACUUCAAAAGAAUUGUAGCAGGGACUGCUACUCAUGUCAGACAAAAUGCCGAGGAGAAAAAUGCUCUUGUCUUUCGUCCGACAAACAUAAAACUAUUGUGUCAGAGAGACAGAACAAUUCGAGUACUUCCUCUGACUCUGGAAACCAAGAUUUGCAGGAGAACAACAAACGCACAGAAGGCUUUCCAGGAUUCAAGUUCAAGCUAGUAAAGUCGAACAGUUGCAGUAGUCGUCUGGAACUAACAGGUUCAGACGAAAACAAGGGAUCUCGUCUUAAAUUCCGCAACUCACAGAUGAAAACAGACGACCCUCCACUUGUUUGUGACGAUGAAAAUUCAGUAAAGAAUAAGAUCUGUCGGCUCGAAAGCUACAACAAAGGCAUCGCUAAGACACCCUUUGAAAACAAAGAGAAAAUGUUGUCACCUCAAACAUCGAAAGUAGACUUAAAGCCAAAAGAGAGUAUUAAAAAGACAGUUAUUGUGGCACCCCAGCCUAGCACUCCUGUCUGCAAUAAGGAAGAAACAGUGAACGAAACCCCAAAAAAGGGUGAGUCUGUUGAUGAACAAACUAACGCGGCAGAAUCUGAUGAUCCUCACAGCUUCGAGAAGAAAUACUACUACGUCAACGAAAAUCUAGAUCAGAGUAAAGCUGUGACUGGAAAAUUCGGUGAGAUGGUAUUCGAGGAGUUUGAAGUUUUAGAAUCCUGUUACGAUAGUCUAAAUAGUAAUAAGUCUUUAAAAUAAUUUAAUAUUAUUAAUUGUAAGCUAAGCUGUUUACGUCAAAUGUGAUCUGUAUUCUAUUGAUGCUAUUAAAUUAUUGCUUGUAAAUGUAGUGCUAGAUUUAACAAUAUAAAUAACAGCGUAACCUAAACGUAUAUCUUAGAGCUUAAAGUACACCCUAGAAUACUAAAUAUCAUAGGGAACUGUAACAUUCCAAUCUAUACCAGUUGGUGAUGGUCUUAAACUUUGUAUAAAUUAAUAAAAUUAUUAUUAAAGAUGA